UUAUCUCUAAUACAUAACUCAUCUGCGUGCGUUGCUAACAAAAACCUUCCCAAAACCCUCCCUCUCUUCCGUCAUUGCCUGCUCGCGGACCUUAUCGGCGAACGGCGAACCAGAGAUAGACUAUUUCUCAGUGGCGGGACGAAAAUGGGAUUGACGAAUUUCAUCCUUACCAUCGCCGGCGUCAGCGCGGUGGUUCUCCUUCUGAGGAGCGACGUCAAGCAGUCGGCCGUCAUCCUCCGCCGCAACGUCAAGCACAUCCGAACCUGGCUCGAAGAAGAAUCUGCUGCCGCUUCCAAGAAGUGGCUACAGGAGCCUACUUUCUAUCAGGCGAUUUGGUACCCUUUCGAGGUCCAAGGUCAUAACAGGAUCAGGUUAGGAUUAUCUUUGUUUUUAGGGGAGAAAUGGUGGGAAGAACAACUCUUUGACAAUCUGGAAGUAAUUUGAUCAUUGUCUUUAGUUUCUAUUCCUCUCUAUGCUUGGUGAUUAGCAUAUAGUCAAUAGCUAUAUAAUGACUCUCUACUAGCGACUUCUACAAGCGUAGUCCUACCAACUGUAAAUAGCCUAGUGUUUGGGGGACUUGAACUGAUUAAUUAUCCAGUUUUUGCUAUUUAAUUCUGUUCCGAUGAAGGUGCACAACACACUUUUAGGCGGCUG